UGCUUUGCUGUGCUGCUAGGUCGCUCCUGAGUCCUCUCUUCACUGCCGCCGGCCUGUUAGCUAGUAUAUAUACUUAGCUUAUUAGCGAGCACAAGAUCGAGCUCAACUCCAGGAUAUAUACAUGAUAUAGCUACUAGCAGUUUCACGUCCGGCGAUAGUUGUCAUUGACGAUCGAUAUAUAUAUAUAUAUAUAUAUAUAAAGCAGCUAGCUAGCUGGCCGGGGUUAUCUGCUACAUGGGCGGUGGGUCGCCGUGCGCGUCGUGCAAGCUGCUCCGGCGGCGGUGCACCAAGGACUGCAUCUUCGCGCCAUUCUUCCCCGCCGACGACCCCCACAAAUUCGCCAUCGUCCACAAGGUCUUCGGGGCCAGCAACGUCUCCAAGAUGCUCCAGGAGCUCCCGGUGCAGCAGCGCGGCGACGCGGUGAGCAGCCUGGUGUACGAGGCGAACGCGCGGAUGCGGGACCCCGUCUACGGCUGCGUCGGGGCCAUCUCCUUCCUGCAGAACCAGGUGUCGCAGCUGCAGAUGCAGCUCGCCGUCGCGCAGGCCGAGAUCCUCUGCAUCCAGAUGCAGCGCCGGGACGACGUCGACGGAGGAGGAGGCGGCCCCAACGUCGACGACGUGGUGGUCCCGCCGCCGUCGUCGCUGGUCGUCGGUGCGGGCGGCGGCGCCGACCACCGCCACCACAACCACAUGACGAUGGCGGCCGCGAUGCAGCAGCAGGCGAUGAUGGCCACCGACGACGUGGACGCCUUCCUCAUGCAGAACGGCGCCGGCGCCACCGGAGCCAUAGUCCCGCCGCAGCUCAUAGGCAUGGGCUACGGUGGCGCCGCAUCGGCGGGCGCCAUGGGAGAGACGACGGCGCUCAAGAGGGAGUCCCUGUGGACGUAGCUAGCUAGCGCUUGCUCAGCCCAGAUUAAGUCAACUUUGCAUGUGUGUACGUGGUAGGAGCACUACACAGCCAGCGGCAGCGCGCCUAGCUAGCUAUGUCGUAGCUUGCAUUGUUUGCUUCGCUUCUUGCUUGUAGCUAGGGCUAGUUUAGUUAGGGUUAGGCUAGUUAAUUAAUUAAUUAAUUAGAGACUUCUUUCCUCUGUUUUACUAGUUCCUCCUUUUAAAUCUUGCGCUGAUCUCUCUAGCUUAUUUCACUGCUUCCUGUUAAUUAGUUUACUUAUCAUCAAUCUGAGAACUAGUUAGUUGGGCCAGGGAUAAUCCUUGCUCUAAUUGUUAAUGCAUUAUUCACGGUGUGUGCCAUGUGUAUGGUUGGCAAUAGUGAGUGUAUAUAUCAAAGAUCAAAUUCAGGCGUUCACAAACACGCGCGCCGACAAUAAUGUGACUGGAAACGUUACUGGAAAACUGAGUGAGAGAUAGGCCAACGACUGGCACUAUAGUUAUUAUCAAAAAUUUU